AGCCAAAGCGCGCGCGGCCUCCAAGUAAUAUCUCAUAUCACUAGCAGCCUACUAGCAGCGAUUUUUAGGCGAAGACAAGAACGCCCUCUUCAUCCUUCAGCAGAUCUUCCCUAAGCUCCCAAUGGGAUCCAAUCAAGUUUGAUCAUCCAGGCCCCUGUCUUCAUUCCGUCUUUUAUUAUCAUGCACAAUCCCGUCUGCUCCCCAGGAUGAAGUUCGCCAAAGAGUUAGAACAGGAGCUGGUUCCUGAAUGGCGUGCUAAAUACCUGGAUUACAAGACCGGCAAGAAGAAAGUCAAAGCUAUCGCUCGGGCAAUUCAAAAGACCAAUCGAAGUCCUCGGCAUCCGUCUCUCAGACGUACAGCUACUGGACCUGGUGAUCAAAUCAUUACACCCUCUGGCACGUUUCGCUCCUCGCCUGGUCAAACUUCGGACAACAAGAGACUCGAAGUUCCCAACUCGUUCCGCAGCCCGCCAAUCCCGGUCCGGGGCGAUGCCCAUGCGACGACGACGUCCAGAUCGACUCCUGGCCAACGCGAUGAACGUCAGCCCUUGCGAGUCCCGGGAUCGCGCUUUUCCGCGGUCAUGGGAAGUUAUGGCAGCAUCAUAGCGUCCCCCCACAGCAUGGCGCAGCAGCUUCGGAUUUAGUCUCUCUAGAGCUCCCUGACCCAGCUCUCGAUCCGAAGGAUGAUGUCUCCUAUUCGCCCCCAAGAGACACAAUACGGCGAGGUGUACCAAAGACCCCGUCACCGGUGCUGUCUCGGCGUGAGACCAACCGAAGUCUGUCUCAUGAUGCCGCCAGUAGAAGUCCUGCCGCAAAGCACGCGGGGAGCAAGGGAAGCU